AUGUCUGAAUUCAAGGGGAAGAAUUUGGACCAGAUCGACAUAGAUCCUCAUGAGGAAUUGCAUGUGGACAAUGAAUCCGACAGUGAAGAUGAGGACGACACGACCGGGAAGAAUACAACACCUUCCACUUCACCUGCGCCUUCCUCCUCACAAUCAUCCGACUCGCACUUUAAGGUGAACAAGAAAUCAAGUAAUGCCAUUGGACAAAUUGGUGCUCGUCCAGCCCAAGGUGGAUUGGAGGAUGGUUUGGAAGAAAAGGAGCCGCUGCAGGAGGUCACAGCACGACCAAAAGCUAAAGGAAAGGUUGUUGUCAAAAAGAGGAGGAAGUGGACUGAGGAAGAAAUCCAGGCUGUGGAGAAAACCCUCAUGGACUGCAUCAGGACCCUAAAGGACGAAGACAGAAGCCUCUUAAGCGUGACUCCAGACGGCAACAACUUACAGAUCGAUCCAAUAAAAGGCACUCAUCCACUGCUCGUGUUUGUGAAUCCAAAGAGUGGCGGGAAACAGGGGGCGAAUGUGCUGUCGGAGUUUCAGUAUCUGCUCAACCCUCGGCAAGUUCACAAUCUGUCCAACGGAGGACCUGCCCCUGGUUUAAAUUUUUUCCACAACCUGCAAGACUACCGAGUCCUUGCCUGUGGCGGCGAUGGGACCGUGGGGUGGCUCCUGGACGCCAUAGACAAAGCGGAUCUCCCGGUUCAUCCGCCUGUCGCCGUUUUGCCGUUGGGCACCGGGAACGACCUGGCGCGGUGUCUGCGCUGGGGAGGAGGCUACGAGGGCGGAGACCUGAGGGACUUCCUGAAGGAGAUCGAAUGCGGUGAGGUGAUGGGGAUGGACCGCUGGAGCAUCCGGGUGGUGCCCGACGAUCCCGAGGAGGUGGGAGAACCCGUGCCCUACCAGAUCAUCAACAACUACUUCAGCAUCGGAGUGGACGCCUCGAUCGCUCACCGCUUCCACACGAUGAGAGAAAAGUAUCCACAAAGAUUUAACAGCAGAAUGAAGAACAAACUUUGGUAUUUUGAGUUUGCCACAACUGAGACCAUCUCUUCAUCCUGCAAGAAACUGAAGGAGUGUCUCAUCAUAGAGUGCUGCGGCCGACAGCUUGAUCUGAGCACUUUGAAUCUCGAAGGCAUCGCUGUCCUGAACAUUCCCAGCAUGCACGGCGGCUCCAACCUCUGGGGCGACUCCAAAAAGCCAGAGGGGCCGAACCAGGGGCCAAACCAGGGCCCCCCCGAGGUCAUCAUGGACCCAGAAGUCCUCAAAACGGUCUCUCAAGACAUGAAUGACCAGCGUCUGGAGGUGGUGGGUCUGAGGGGGGCCAUGGAGAUGGGACAGAUCUACACAGGCCUGAAGUCUGCGGGGCACAGACUGGCACAGACCUCGCAGAUCACCAUCAGAUUUCACAGGUAG